AUGUCACACCGCGGUGGCAACCCCAACGCGUCGGCGGCGAAAAGUGAGCUAACCGGAAACGGCACAGUUUCCACUUUGGCGAAUUCGAGGCAGAGACUGAGGUUGAAUCCGAACAAGGAGCACAAGCCAGAAGUUUACGCUGAUCUGGAAUUGGAUUUCAGUCCUUCGAUUUUCAGCUCGUUGGAGAGACACCUUCCUCCCAACAUGCUCGUUAAUUCUCGUGAUGAUAAGGCUAAGUUCAUGACUGAGAUUUUGCUUAAGUAUCUUCCUACUGGAGAGCGUAAUAGAACUCAGAAGCAUAAAGAAUACAGACAGAAGAUAAAAUCGUAUUAUCAGCCUUUACAUCCCGAGUUGUACACUUUGAAUCCUACUACAUUCUUUGUGCCGACAUUUCUCAAAGCAAUUAGUGAUAAUACAGAGCAAAGCUUUAGAAGCAUAAUAUCUGAGCCCUCUUCAGACCUUCUUGUAUUUCAAAUGUUUCAGCCAGAUUUCUGUGAGUUGUUGCUAUCUGAGAUUGAACAUUUUGAGAGAUGGGUGACUGAAGCAAAUUUCCGGAUCAUGCGUCCCAAUAGAAUGAAUAAAUUUGGUGCCGUGCUUGAUGACUUUGGACUUGAGCCGAUGCUUGACAAGCUUAUGGAUGAUUUUCUUCGUCCUUUAUCUAGAGUCUUCUUUCCAGAAGUUGGAGGAUCAACCCUGGAUUCGCAUCAUGGAUUUGUUGUAGAGUAUGGUAAAGAUAAAGAUGUUGACUUGGGUUUCCAUGUGGAUGACUCGGAAGUAACCUUGAAUGUUUGCUUGGGUAAGGAAUUUUCCGGAGGGGAGUUGUUUUUUCGAGGCUCAAGAUGUGAGAAACAUGUAAAUACAGGAAGUCAACCAGAAGAAGUCUUUGAUUAUUCUCAUGCACCGGGACGCGCUGUGCUCCAUCGUGGUCGACAUCGUCAUGGUGCUAGAGCUACAACAUCUGGCCAUCGGAUCAACUUCCUGAUGUGGUGCAGAAGUUCUGUCUUUAGAGAGAUGAAACUGUAUCAAAAAGAUUUCUCCAGCUGGUGUGGUGAAUGCAAUCGAAUGAAACAGGAAAGACAGCACUCCACAUGUGCUGCUACAAGAUUGGAACUGAUCACAAGGGAAGGUGAAUCCGCCGCAUAG